UCAGGCAAUUUCUCAGGCAGCCAUUGUAUUCUAUGGUAGACUAGCUGGGCUGUGGCGGUUUAGAGCCGUGAAGUUCGUGAUAUUAUGCACAGGUUAAUGUUUACUCUCAGGGCUAGCAGUAUAUGGUCGUGUUCUUUCUCGAGACUGGGCAAUUCCCUGCUGCCAAGAUAUACAUCUAACAUGUCCACCACUGCCCACUGGCUGCCCCCAGCUGACAGAGAACAACUGCUGAUGGAGCUGAAGGCCACUGGCUGGGUGGAGGUUGAGGAGCGGGAUGCCAUCUACAAAGAGCUUCACUUUAAAACCUUUAAUCAGAUGAGGAGUGCAGAGUCGUGGCGUAGUGAACACCUCCCGGAAACAUCCACACUAUUUACUGUCCCCCACCUGCCUGUGUCCUCAAUGUUCUCAAUAUAUUUGAAGGAGCCCUCUUUAUAAUCCUGCCUCAAAUGUUGAUGAGACACCACUCCCCCCCCCCCUUCCCUUUCUGAACAAGACUGGAAUGGUAUUAGCUUGCCCACAUGGAAAACGAAUGGGGAGAUUAUACUGCGAGUGUCUAAAGUGAGUAUGAGGAGACAAGUCAAGGCGAACUGUUAGAUGGAUCUGAGGGAACGUUUCAAUAGGGAAUAUUUCAGGAACUUGUAACAGUUUAGUAGGAAAAAAUAUUUGAAACAAUGACUUAUCUUCUGGACAUUUAUACUAGUAGUACAGUAAGCAUUUUACAAAUGUCCCCUUUAAGA